AUGGUUCCAGCAUGGAUGAGAUUUUUAUUAAUACUAUCUAGUGUAUUAAUAGGAGAAUGUAAAGAUAUUAUCGUUCAAAAUCCAUUUUAUCUUCGUGCUCGUAUACAUGAUGCACAUACUGCUAGUAUACAAUUUGAAAUCGCUCCUGAUUCUAAUCAACGAAAAUGUCAAAUGUAUAAAUUUACAAUUCGUCGUAAUCGUGAAUAUCCAUAUUCAAUGCCUGAACAAAAUUUAACAUUUUGGAGAAAUUCACUUGAAAUGAAACAUUUGGAUUCUGGAUCUUAUAGAGUAUGUGCAAUGAUUUGUUCGGAAUAUAUAUAUCAAGCAAAAAAUCAUUAUCAAUUUUAUACAAAAAAAAAUCGUACAAUACCAAUAACAACUUGUAUUGAUUUCUAUGCACAUAGUUCUCAUUUACUUGUGCUUACAUUAUAUAUACUUGUUGCUAUAUUUCUUAUUAUUGCCCAAAUUGUUUUUUCAUUACGUAAACGACAAUUUCAAGCUCGAAUUAAAUUAGCUUUAAUUGAAAUUGAUAAUUCACUACAAAAAUGGCGUACUACUCAACCGGUAACGACUGAUCAAGUACAACCAUAUACUACUUUACAAAGUCUUGUUACUCGACCUGCUUCAUUUAUUGAACAAUCAAUGGCACAAUCGAAUGAUGAUGAUGGAACACAAUCGAUUAUAUUUCAACUGGAACUUCCAAGUGAAUAA